GCCGCCUCCUUCUUCAUCCCGCCCGUGUGCGCCGCAUCCAUACCAAGAUCCUCUGACUUAUUCACCACAUGUCUCCGCCGCUUUCACCGGGUUUAAUUACAUAAUUGCCUCAUAUCACCUCAAAACACGGGGCCAUAUCGCGUCUGACUGACAGCUGAUCGGCGAUUUGACGGGUAUUGUUGCUCCACUCCUCCAUAAGAACUCCUCUCUGAACACCUCCCCACCCUCACACACACACUCUUGCCAUGCAGGAGGUGUAACCCUCCUUCCUCUUCUUCCUUGUGCACCAUCAGAGGAGACAUAAAACAGAAGACAAAAAAAAAAGAAAAGAAAAAAGAAAUCCCAGCCUGUAACCAGUCAAGAUGUCAGACCCUGAUCCCUCCUCGCCGGCAGACCCCCCGCUGCCACUCACCUCCCCCCGAACCCCCCUGCAGCUCUCCUUCCCCUUCCUGAGGGAGGGCAGUCGAGUUUGGGAGAGGGAGAGGAAACCGCCACAGCCUGGAGAGCUGCCCAGCCCACUGCCCACCAAACGCACCCGCACAUACUCAGCGACAGUGCGAGCCAAAUCAGGUCCAGUAUUUAAAGGGGUGUGUAAAAACUUCUCCAGGUCUCAGGGUCAUGGAUUCAUACGCCCCUCUCGCGGAGGAGAGGACAUCUUUGUCCACAUCUCCGACAUUGAGGGAGAGUACGUGCCUAUGGAAGGGGACGAGGUCACAUACAAGGUGUGCCCCAUCCCUCCGAAGAAUCAGAAGAUCCAGGCUGUCGACGUGGUGAUCACCCACCUGAAUCCAGGCACCAAGCACGAGACCUGGUCAGGUCAGAUCAUCAGCUCCUAGACUAGCGCUCCAGGUUGCGAGGCUACAAAGGCAAAGGGGGAUUUGGAUUUAAUUUUAGGUUUUAUGUUUUCAGUGUGUGGGGUUUGGGCCAGAUCGGAGACUGAGGUGGCUUGGUUAUGGAAGAGUGUUGGUGACCGUUUGAGUAUAAACGCUAGGGUUGGAAAAGAAGCUUUGAAUGUAUUUGUUUGAAUGUUUUCCUUUGAAGGUAUGGUUUCAUCAUUUGGGUUUGAAUGUUUUAAUUUAGGGUUUGAAAGUUUGGGUUUUAAGGUUAGGGUUCAGGGCUUGGUGCUAGCAUUUUUACUUUGACCUAGGGAAUAUAUUUUAGAUGAGAAAUCAGUGGUUCUUAGGGAAGUGAUGUCUUCAGUGAGUUGGGAUGCUGAAGAGGCUGAAUCACAUUUUGAGCAAAUUUGACCCAGUUUAGCUGUAUUGACACUCCAUGGGACACUACAGACUGGAGAGUUUAAGUUUCAAGGGACCAGCUUCAGUCCCACUUUUAAUUUCCCUCUUUUUACAAAUAAGCAACAAACUGAUAUAAAUGAUGUGCCAUCACUGCCAUAAGUCAUGUGACAAACAUCUGGUUGAAAAAUGUACAAUUAAGCCAUAUUGUAUCUGUGUUUACGACGACAGAUGGAGAUGGUUGCCUCACAGUAGAACAUCUAAUCAAAAUGAAAUAAAAGACAAAUGCAUUUGUCACAGCCCUUUCUGUAGUUUAUGAUCAGGCUUGGUUUAGAAGGAGCAGCUGCUCGGAUCUGCCUUCAUCUCACUGCCUUCAGAAAAUCGAAACAUACCCUACUAGUGUGUGGCUGCCAAAUGAAAACAGUGAAUGCACUUACAGUGGAAAAUAAGCUUGACAAAGAUCCAAAUAGCUCUUAAUGCGUUUUGGCCUCAGAAGCUGUGACAAGCUCUGCAUAGAAGGAAUUACUUUCCUUCAUAAUAUUGUAGCACUACUGUAUUUUGUCUACUUGGCAAAUGUAGAAAUCCAGUAUUAUUGUAGCCAGCUCCUAUGACGGUCUUAAGUUUUGGUGGUAGAGACAGUAGCUGGACGUUGUGUGGGCCUGCCACCUAGAAACCAGGCCAGAGGGUUUGGGGAAGGAAACCGGAGAGGGAGGAAGGUCAGGGAAUGGGCAGAGGAUGGAGUGAUAGCUAUAGAUGUACUUGAGCACAGAUACAGCUUGAUAUGAAAUGUUAUAAAGCAGGUGUAAGAAGGAAGACCGUGAUUAAAGUCAUCAGUUCUCAGCCUAUGGGUUGUCAGAUUAACUUGAUAACGUUAAAGAACUAGCUUUGAGAAAUACGCUUAUUUGCUGUCUUGCAGAGAGUUAGAUGAGAAGAUUGAUACCACUCCUAUCUGUAUGCUAAAUAUGAAGCUGUUAGCUUAGCUUAGCACACAGACUGGAAACUGGGAAACAGAUAGCCUGACUGUCUGAAAGGUAAAAGAAAAAUCCGGCUACCAACACCACUAAAACUAAAACAACACAGUCUUUGUGCUAAGCUAACGGCUGCUAUCUGUAGCAUCAUAUUUAGUGUACAGACAUGUGAGUGGUAUUGUUCUUUUCAUCUAAUUCUCGGCAAGAAAGUGAAUAAGUGUAUUUCUCAAAAUGUUAAACAGUUUCUUGAAAUCAUUUAUAAACUUUAUCAGUUAAAAGAUAAAAUUUGAAUUGCCAGAUUUUUCUCACGUUUUCUAUCUUUUGCGAUAAAUGACUCCCUCUUGUGAAAAACAGUAUUUGCAGCCUUGAGACGUUUCUUUUUCUUAAUAUUAAUCAAAAUAAACUGAUAAAGGAACAAAGGGAAUCACCACAAUUUUACAGAGGGUAAAGCUGAGGAGGAUGAACUGCUGAUUUUUAGGUGGAAGGUUGAACACCGGGGAGUCCAGUAAGUUUCAUACAUCACGGCAAAUGACUGUGAAUAAAAUAAAAUAAAAACCGAACAGCAAAAGCCUCCUGAUGUAAGUUUAAAAAGACUAUUUAUUUAUUGACUUAUUUAUUUUCAUUUGUAACUAUGAGACCAUCAGGUGUUUGGUAAUUAAAAGCUGCAUUUAUAAGUAUUUGUGCAAAUUUAAGCCUAUUUGAAUACACUGCACACCUCACUCUAAUGAUACUACCCUGUUAAUAUCCCUUUGCUACUGUCAUGACAUCAUUGACAGGGGAAAAAAACCUUCAACCUUUCCGAACACAAGUUUCUAAUUUCUACAUAAUCCUUGUCUAAUUUUUAAUUAUGAUGAUGUUCAAAACGACAAGCAGUUUUGUUGUUUUAGAAAUCGGCAUGUUCUGUAUUGUUUGUCGUAAUCUUUACGUUGAAUGCGUUGAUUCUGUUUCAUCAUGCAGUAACACAGUUGGAGCCUUCAGAGAGGCAUCGUCAGGUCUCCUAUGCCUUUUUGAUUUCUCGCCAUGAGUGUGACUUAACAUCAUAGUAACACAGUGUAUCUGUUUGGUUUCUUUACUGUGAGAGAAAGAGGUUUGAUUGAGUUCGCAAGCACUUUUAUUUUUGUCAAAUCACUGUGACACUGUCUUUUGUCAUCAAGAUAAAAUUUCAAUAAAACUUAUUGUAUUCACAAA